CAUUUUCAAGUUCAAUAAUAUCACACCACAUGACAGUAAAAAAGUAAAAAUUCAAGAAAACGUGUCACUAACUUCGAACUGUAGCAGAUACAAUAUAAGACGUCACGAUGAAUCGUAUAGAUACAACCAUGGAUGACAUGGCUAACACCAAGUUUUUAACCCUUUACAGUAGCCUGAUUAAGCAGUUCACCGCAACGACGGAGUUCACAAACACUGAAGUCGUUUGUCUGCUGAUAAUAUACUACAAAUUUGUACAAAUUAACGGUCCCUCAGCCAAGCAAAUGAAGAAGAAACAAAUGUACAACUUAUUCUUGGUACUUUUUCGGAUCUACGACAUGAGUAUUAUAGAACGCAUAUUACUAAAUAUUACAGCGGAUGUUAGCUUCAUUGGUCCAGAAGCCUGGAUGAAAUUGUUUUCCGUAUUUCUGAGCAAAAACCUGGAAGAACGCAUGCAAUUUGCUUAUAAAGUCUAUACAACUUCUUCUUCCGGCACAUUGAAUCGUGAGACUGUCGGCAUGGCUAUUAACAAUUUCUUUGUUGGUGAAGAUGAUGAUGAAGUCAAGGAGCUGCAAGCUGACAUGUGCGAGUUCAUAUUUAAUAAAUUUGAUUUGGAUAAGGAUGGCACAAUCUCAUACGAAGAAUACUAUGAAGUAGUCAGCAAUCAACCUGGACUUCUGGAAUUUCUGGGACAGGUUUUCCCAGAUGUAUCCGACCGAACUAUCAUUGCAUAUUGUGGAAACAUAGCGACCUUUUUUCCUGGUGAAGAUUAACCUUAAAAUGUAAUAUUAGGAUAAAGUUUAUCCUUGUAAAUAAUGACUUCGGAUGAGACUGAAACAGCCGCCAAAGCAGAUUGAUGAUUUAAGAUUUUUCAUUCCAAUUUCAAUUUACGAAAUUUCGUUAACUAAAAAGAACUUGAUAUCUGUGUUGAGGUAUGUCCAUAUGUAUAAAAUAUAUAACACACUAUUUAAACUUAAAACAAUUAAAUAAUUUAACAAUUCUGUCAAAUCUGUCAAGAUCAAAAGAAUUUUCUGUCGGGACCCUGGAGCAAGGGAAAUUACAUCAAUAAUCAAUAAUGUUUGGAAAAUUUCGAUAUUCAUUGAAGGGUACAAAAUUACGAAAGGUGUUUCCAACAAAAAGGUGCACGAACUUCUAGUUUUCCAAAAUUUAUAAUGUAUUUUCAUAGUUGUCAAUGAACCAAAACCAAAAUUUUUAAUUUUUAUUAAUUUAUUCCAAACAAAUAUAAUGUUAAUCGCAGCGUAA